AUGAGGGCUCGCAGUAAACCAAAGGGCCCGACAGAGGCCGAGAAGAUGCGUGUCCUUGUUGCUUACAAGAAUGGGGAUGACUGGAAACUUGUCGCCAAACACAACGGUGUAUCCGUGACAACCGCACACCGCGUCGUCAACAAUGGACAUGUCAACCAGAAACCGCGAGGGGGCGCACGCAUGGGACGAUCCAAAGUGACGCCUGCGAUCCGUGAGGCGUUGGAGCGCUAUGUCGACCAGAACUGUUCGUACACCCUGACCGCCAUGAAAGAAUUCGUUGCCAACGACUUCCCCGGAACUGAACUCUCUUUGCAAACAAUCAGUCGGCAUCUGAUCGGCAUGCUUUACACAAUCAAAGCAGUGCGCAUCGAGCCCGUAACAUGCAACAGCGAUGCGAACAAGACAAAACGAAAGGCCUUUGUGGAGGCGCUGUUGCAACAUCAGCAAGAAGGCGACUACAUUGUUGCCACUUGGGAUGCCAACUUUCAAGGCAAGAAGGUGGUAAUUGUACUCGACAACGCACCUGCACACUCACAAACCGAGCAGCGAGUUCAGCCGCACGAGGACCUGGCCUUUCCUGACCCUAACCCUUCCUGCUCGCACCACACACCGCGCCGCCCGAAGCCGUCCACCGCAGACCGGGCCUGGCCGCCCGAAUGGCUCCAGCCAGGCGCGUCGAGUGGGUACUAG